AAUAUUCAAGUCCUAUUCCUCUUUUAUGAUUGGUUAAUCACCUACAUAAAUAUGUGCAAGUGCAACUCAAAUGUUUAUUCAUUUACCCGAAACUACAUUCCACCAUCUGAAAGUUAAGAUGGAAUAAAAUAAUCCAAGUUGGAUGAGAUAAAAGUGAAAUAUCAUAGGAGAAUAAAUUUUAUCUCAAGUUUAAUUCUGAAUUAUCCCAUCUUAUCCGGUGUAGAAGACCCCGUAGUGCCUAUGUUGUAAGCACCUACAUAACACAACACUAGUAGUACUAUAUAUUAUGGCAAAAACUUUUGAACGAAACCUAUGUGCUUAUUUAAGAAAAAGAAUAUAGAGUUAUAAAAGAAAGUGUUAUAGCAAGAAUCAUCCAAACACUAUAUAUCCCAAAAACCUCAAUGUCCAAAAGGGAAUUCAAUUUAAGUUCUUUUUGUGAAAUUUUACUUUCUGCUUGCUUUUUGAACUUAUGAAGGUUUGGUAAUUUUUCAAUAUAUCAUGAGUGAAAUAAUGCAUGUGGUGCCUCUUAAUAAAAUACGUUGUAAAAUUUUGAAACAAGUAAGUAGAGAGUGAAAUAAUAUUAAGGAUUAUUUCACUGAUCAUGGUACAGUGAAAUAUGUACCAUGAGUGAAAAGAUUAUUUCUUUCUGGAAUUUCAACUUUUACAAACAAGUCUUGCUAUAAAAAAAAAUAUAUCAAUAUAACUCACACCCAAAUAAUUGUCAUGCGAUCAAAAGAUCAUGGGUUCAAGCCGUGGAAACAAUUCCUUGUAAAAAUGUAAGAUGAGGCUACAUACAAUAGGCCGUUGUGGUCCGAUCACUCUCCAAACUCCACAUAUAACAAAAACUUUAGUGAACCGGACUUCGUUUUUAGUAGGAAAUAGCUGACUGUAAAACACUAAUCAAAUCAAUGCUCUCUAGUGGGAAAAUAUUCUCCAAUCUUCUUUUUCUGAAGAACAUUAUUUGUCACCUUUUCUCUUUUUAGUGUUUUGUGCUGUCUUUUGGAUUCUUCAUACACAGUUAAUAAACUUUCAAGUGCUUCAGAUGAGUGCAUAUAGAAAGAGAGAAAAAAAACACUUUCUUUUAGUAAGUGGAUAUGACUUUUAGUCAUUAUCAAAGAUUAUCCUCAAAUGACACUUUGAUUAGACAAAGACUAAUGGACCUGCCUGCUAAGUAUUUAUUAAAAGUUUAAAACUUGACUUCUUAUUCUAAAUGCCUUUUCUAUUUAGAAAGUUUAAUAUGAAGGGAAUCUUGAAGCGACGGUAAAAACUGUUUGUGUUACCUAUAGGUUCGAGGUUCGAGCCGUGUUCUCAGUCAGUGAUGCUAGUGUCAGAGUAAGUUGUCUAAAUCACACCUCUUUGGCGUGCGGUCUUUCCCCAGAACCAGCAUGAACGCAGAAUGCUUUGUUCACUAGGGCUGCCUUAAAUAUGAAAAUUGAAAUAUACAUCUUUAAGGAAAGGAAUGUAGUAUAAUAUAUCACAUGUAUAACACUAACACAGUUCAAUCUAGUUCAAUCUCUCUAUGUUUGUUUUAGGAUGUGGUUUCUCAAGAAGGGGUCUCUUCUACUAGGCACUAUGCUUUUACAGCUAUAUAAUCUUGUGAGGAUAGAAAAUUCUUCAAGAAUCAUUAUAUCACAUAGUUGAAAGUGCUUUAUGUUAAUAUGAUCAGGAGGAGAUGAUUCGCGAGAGCAAAGAAGACGUUGGAUUUCAGGCUAAGUUGAUUGAAGAAGAGAUGAAUCAAGAGAAGUCCUCUCAAGUAUGCAGGAUUCAAGUACAUGGAAUGACUUGUACUUCUUGCUCCACAACUCUUGAAUCAGCAUUGCAAGUAAUCCCUGGUGUACAAGAAGCACGAGUAGCAUUAGCAACUCAAGAAGCUGAAAUCUGCUAUGACCCGAAAAUAGUUGAUUGCAAUCAGUUGUUGGAAGCUAUUGCUAAUACAGGAUUUGAAGGCAUAUUGAUUAGUACAGGAGAAGAUAGCAGUCGAAUACUGCUAAAAGUUGAUGGAGUUAACACUGAGAAUUGUGUUACAUUGAUAAAGAGUUCUCUUCUUGCACUUAAAGGAGUUCAAGAAAUAGACUUUGACCUGCAGCUCAAGAAGAUAUCAGUCUCUUACACAGCAGAUGUGACAGGACCUAGAGACUUUAUUCGUGCAAUCGAGUCAACUGGAUCAGGAUGUUUCAAGGCAUCUAUAUUUCCUGAGGGAAGAGAGAGAGGAGAACAUAGACAUCAAGAAAUCAAGCAAUAUCAUAGAGCUUUUCUUUGGAGUUUAGUAUUUGCAGUUCCUGUCUUUUUUACUUCAAUGGUGUUUAUGUACAUUCCUGGUCUGAAAGAUGUAUUGGAAACUAAGGUUGCCAACAUGCUAACCGUUGGACAGGUUCUGAGAUGGGGAUUAUCUACACCAGUGCAGUUCAUCAUUGGUCGAAGAUUCUACGUUGGUGCCUAUAUUGCCUUAAGCCAUGGUUAUGCAAAUAUGGAUGUUCUUAUUGCAUUAGGAACUAAUGCAGCGUAUUUUUAUUCUGUUUAUUCGGUAAUAAGAGCUGCUACUUCUCCAACUUUCAAAGCCAGUGACUUUUUUGAGACUAGCUCGAUGCUUAUCUCGUUCAUUCUACUUGGAAAAUAUUUGGAAGUUUUGGCUAGAGGAAAGACAUCUGAGGCCAUUGCCAAGCUCAUGGAUUUGGCCCCAAAGACUGCAACACUGCUAACUCUAGAUGACAAAGGGAAUGUGGUAAAUGAAGAAGAAGUUGAUAGCCGAUUGAUACAAAAGAACGAUGUGAUUAAAACCAUUCCAGGUUCAAAAGUAGCUUGCGAUGGUCUUGUCAUCUGGGGACAAAGCCAUGCAAAUGAAAGCAUGAUAACAGGAGAAUCUCGUCCGGUCACUAAAAAGCCGGGUGACAUGGUGAUUGGAGGAACUAUGAAUGAAAAUGGGGUGUUACACAUAAAGGCAACAAGGAUUGGCUCAGAAACUGCUCUAUCGCAGAUUGUUCGGUUGGUUGAAUCAGCACAAAUGGCUAAAGCUCCAGUGCAGAGAUUUGCUGACCACAUUUCCAAGUACUUUGUGCCUCUUGUCAUUGCUCUCUCAUUUUGUACUUGGGUUUCUUGGUUUUUAGCUGGAAUUUUUACUUCCUAUCCAAGAGCUUGGAUUCCUUCUUCAAUGGAUAGCUUUGAGCUUGCCCUGCAGUUUGGCAUUUCUGUCAUGGUGAUAGCUUGCCCCUGUGCACUCGGUUUAGCUACUCCCACGGCUGUUAUGGUGGGUACUGGAGUCGGCGCUUCCCUUGGUGUCCUUAUUAAAGGUGGUCAGGCAUUGGAAAGUGCACAAGAGGUAAACUGUAUUGUUUUUGACAAGACUGGCACCCUUACCAUUGGCAAGCCUAUGGUUGUCAAUACUAAGUUUUUCAAAACUAUGGUACCUCAAGAAUUCUAUGAACUUAUUGCUGCUGCUGAGGUAAAUAGUGAUCACCCCUUAGCCAAGGCAAUUGUUGAGUACGCGAAAAAGUUAAGAGGAAGUGAGGAGAACCUUGCCUGGCCUGAAGCCUCGAACUUUGAGUCCAUAACUGGGCAUGGUGUGCGGGCUAUCAUCUGCAACAAAGAAGUGAUUUUGGGGAAUAAAAGCUUGAUGCUGGAGCACGGCAUUGCCAUUCCAGUUCAAGCUGAAGAAGCAUUAGCAGAAGCAGAAGGGCAGGCUCAAACUGGCAUACUUGUAUCUAUCGAUAAAGAGCUGAUUGGUGUCCUUUCCGUUUCUGAUCCAUUGAAGCCAGAGGCUCCAGCAGUCAUCUCCUUUCUCAAAUCAAUGAACGUUGAGAGUAUGAUAGUAACAGGUGACAACUGGGGAACAGCAAAUGCCAUAGCCAAGCAAGUUGGAAUUGACGGAAAAUAUGUUGUUGCAGAAGCCAAACCUGAACAGAAAGCUGAAAAAGUGAAGGAACUACAGUACACAGGAUUUAGGCAAAGUUGUGGCAAUGGUAGGAGAUGGAGUUAAUGACUCACCAGCGCUUGUAGCUGCUGAUGUAGGAAUUGCAAUUGGUGCAGGCACAGAUAUAGCAAUUGAGGCAGCUGACAUUGUUCUUAUGAAGAGCAGCUUGAAAGAUGUAAUAACUGCAAUCGAUCUUUCUAAGAAAACCUUCCGGAGAAUCCACCUCAACUAUUUCUGGGCUUUGGGAUAUAAUCUCCUCGGCAUCCCAAUUGCUGCUGGCGUGCUGUUCCCAUCUACUCAUUUUCGGUUACCACCAUGGAUUGCUGGGGCUGCAAUGGCUGCCUCUUCAGUGAGUGUUGUUUGCAGCUCUCUUCUGCUGAAAAACUACAAGAAACCUAAGAAGCUGAAUACUCUGGAUUUACAAGAAAUCGUUGUUCAGUAAUUCCUGGCUGCUAACGUUGUAGCUAACAAAACUGUCUAAUUUUUGGUCCACAGGGAGAAAAGAUACAGCCAGUGGAUUAUUUACUGCCAAA